UGUGUGUGUAGGUGUGUGUAGGUGUAUGUAGGUGUUUGUAAAUGUCCGUAAAAGUGUUAGUGUGUGUAAGUUUGUUGUGUUUCUAUGUGUGUGUAAGUCUGUGUAAGUUUGUAUAAGGGUGCGUAAGUGUGUGUAAGUGUUUGUAA